GUUGAUUCCGUUUAUAUUUGUUGCUCAGUUUCUGCUUUCUGGUCAUUUUGUCCAGACUUUAUUCAAUUUUAUGAACAUCGACAAUAAAUUAUAGGGGACAAUAUUCAUUUCCAAAGAGAACUACCGGGAAAUCGAGCUAUAGAUAUCCAAUAUGAAACGAAGUCAUCGAAAUUAUCAAAGUUUGAGUUUAGAUAUGAACAGCAAAAUCAAGCCCAGAAAUGGUUUAUCACACAAAGAAUGCUUACCAUUGGCAAUUAAGCGUUGCAAAUCAACACCAGCUGCCAUCAUGACUAAUGCUACAGAAUUCAUCGAAUGUUCGUUAAACUUAUUUCCACAUCUUAUCCACAUAUUUGAAUUGACCAAAGAAUUCAUACACCGGGCUUCUGGUGUCAUACACAUUCCGAACGAAUGGGCAGACCUUGAUGUGUCUUUCGUUAAAGCUAAAUUUACCGCUCUGCGUUCUCCUGGGAAGGAUCGGCGACCUAUUGAAAAAUUUAUGAAUGACCUAAAAACCUGGCCUUUCAUUCCAACUAUCUCUGUCUGCGAAGAAGAAAAACAGGUCGAGAUAAAAAAUGGGAUUCUCUUCAUGAGUGGACAUAAAUACGAAGAAACAAAACAGAUGUUGGAAGCAAAAUACUUGGACAACAAGGCAAUACAAUCUGCCAUAGCUCACCCUGAUGUUCGAGAAGUGCAUGAGGCUUUAACAGAACUGUUAGAGACGCCAAUCUGGAAACUCCUUAUAGAAAUAAAGCAAAAUAUGCAAAAAUCUGAUGUAUCAGAUAAACAGGUCAAACUCUCCAUGGAAUUCGACAUCCUUCUUAAUACAGUUAAGCACCCUGUUUCCAAUGGUAUUAUCAAAAGUAUUUCGUCAGCCAGCCACACCAUUUCGGAAAUUCCCGAUGAACUGAGAAAUUAUUUGUUGAGAAAACGUGAUGUUUCUGGCUUUGGUAUUUGGAAUAACAAUGAACUCCGGGUAUUUGUAAAUCAGGAAAACAGCAGAAGACAUCUGCAAGAAAAUAUGCUGACAAGAUUUGCGCAAUUUUUUAGUUCGUACCGAUUGAACGUGAUUGUUUGCAAUCCCUGCUUUCGGCAAUAUUUUAAGCAAGGAGAAAAGAUUUUUCCAAAUAAGUCUGCUUUUUUAAAGCCAAAUGAAGAAAAUAGUUAUGGCACUUUGGGAGGUUUUGUCACUGAUCAAAACGCGGACAUGCACGCUCUUACUUGUGCGCACGUCUGUCAACAAGGAAGUAGUUUCUUUGUAGCUGAUGGAGUAUCCAGUACAGAGAAAAUUGGUGAAUGUGCAUUUAAAGCCAAUCUUCAAGCAGAAACUAUCCAGAAAUUUAUUGAUGUUGCACUCGUUAAGAUUGAUAAGAGAGUCAAAGACAGGUGCGAUCUCUCAAUGUAUAAUGAUAAGAGUCUACCGUCACCAGUUAGGAUUUAUUCAGGAAACUUGCAUGAAAUGGUUAAAAAAGCUUUUGUCUACAAGAUUGGGGCAUCGACAUCGGUGACCAGGGGAUUUGUCACAUCGCCAGAGUACCACUCUAAGGAAAGAAAAGGAAGAGCUGAACUGUUUUUUAUAUCCGGUGUUGGUGAUGCUCCAUUUGCCAAAGACGGCGACAGUGGAUCUAUUGUUUUUACGGUCGACAACAGCUCUGUGCGUGAUAUUAUAAAUAUCGUUGGAAUGGUCUUUGGUGGGUUCACACAAAAUUCUUUUGUUACAGAUCAAGGAAAAGCAAAAAAGGCGACCAAUGGUGAAAGUUCGACAAAAAAGAAGAAAGAUGACGAAGAACUUGGCAGGAAGAAUGAGGAUACAAAUCAGGAGUGCAUUGCCUGCUUUAGAAUGGAUACCGCUCUAGAAAUUUUGAAGCAAAACGGUUGGGAUAUUCGUUUUAAGGAUCAAAUCUAAAAUACUAUGAUAACAAAAACCUGGUAUCACUAGCAUUUAUUUCAUCAUAGAUUUCUCUGAGGCAGAUAUAAGCUUAGCCUGUUGCCAAGCCCUACCUAGAAAAUAUGUUUCAAUUGAUUGAUUUUAUUUGUUCUAAAAUAAUGUUUAAGAAAUAGGACAGUUCCAAAGAACAACGGAUAACAAAUCCCAUAAAAAAGCUAACAAUGUGACCAUAUAUAUAAAUAUUAUCCCAUGAGAUAAUAAUUAUAUUGACACUAAACGUUCGACUCAACAUUUAACGUACGUUAAUUCAACCUUUGUUUUGAUAUUUAAAAUUUAAAAGGUUUGCGUUAAAUGCAGCCCUCCUUACUAAACUGGCAAAAAAAUAAAUUUCAAUUUUUAUUUUACAUGUACUUAACCUUAGAUAUAAGUCUAUCUCAAAGAAUCCCCUACAUAAGCAAGAUAAAACAAUUACAUAAGAGAUUUACAAGAUUAUUCAAGGUACAAUGUAGCUCCGUUCCACUUUUGAAAGCCUUUAAAGACAAGAGCGCAGUAAGGUACAUUUUUCACUUUCAGUGGUCAUUGUGCUUUGUUCAUAUCUCUAUAUAUAUGUGAAAGGAGAAAAAAGUACCCAACCUUUAAAAAAUGCAGAAGUCUAACGAACCAUCUCAAUUAUAAACUUAUGCUGUUAACCUAGUGUGAACUCGCUUAAGCAUUCAUGAUGUUACCACGCGUGUCAAGUGACAAAGAUUUCGGUAAGCGGGCUCUACGUGACCAAAUAUGCCAUUAAUCCUCAUUUAUGCGAAUGUAUCAAUGUAAAUUGUAUUUUAACGGUGUUUGUUUCUGAUCGCAAACUUUCCCUUAACUGCAAAGAGUUGGCGAUACCAAGUCACAUGAUAUUUAAACAAGUCUUGUCCGAACUGCUUAUAUAUUCACUUAUAUAAAAUAUAUUGUAUCAAGGUCCAUAUUCAUUCUAUUCAUAUUUAUUCAUUGAAAGAACAGGUUCACAAA